CGCGGGCGGGGACUCCGGAAGUCCCGCGCAGCGACCGGUGGGCCCUCGGCCCGGGCGGCUAUGGCCGUGGCUACAGUGGCAGCACUACUGGCCGCACUGGGUGGGGCCUUGUGGCUGGCGGCCCGGCGGUUCGUGGGGCCCAGCGCCCAGCGGCUGCAGGCAGGCGGGGACUCUGGCCUCAUGCACGGGAAGACAGUGCUGAUCACGGGGGCGAACAGCGGCCUGGGCCGCGCUACGGCCGCCGAGCUGCUGCGCUUGGGGGCGCGGGUGAUCAUGGGCUGCCGGGACCGUGCGCGCGCCGAGGAGGCGGCGGGCCAGCUCCGCCGCGAGCUCCGCCAGGCCGGGGGCCCCGGGCCAGGCCCCGACGCCGGCGGGGCGGGCGAGCUCGUCGUCAAGGAGUUGGACCUCGCCUCGCUGCGCUCGGUGCGCGCCUUCUGUCAGGAGAUGCUCCAGGAAGAGCCCAGACUGGACGUCUUGAUCAAUAACGCAGGGAUCUUUCAGUGCCCUUAUAUGAAGACCGAAGACGGGUUUGAGAUGCAGUUUGGAGUGAACCAUCUGGGACAUUUCCUACUCACCAGUCUACUCCUCGGACUCCUCAAAAGUUCAGCUCCCAGCAGGAUUGUGGUAGUUUCUUCCAAACUUUAUAAAUAUGGAGACAUCAACUUUGAAGACUUGAACAGUGAACAAAGCUAUAAUAAAAGCUUUUGUUAUAGUCGGAGCAAACUGGCUAACAUUCUUUUUACCAGAGAAUUAGCCCGCCGCUUAGAAGGCACAAACGUUACUGUCAAUGUGUUACACCCUGGUGUUGUGCGGACUAAUCUGGGGAGGCACAUACACAUUCCACUGUUGGUCAAACCACUUUUCAAUUUGGUGUCGUGGGCUUUUUUCAAAACUCCAGCAGAAGGUGCCCAGACUUCAAUUUAUUUAGCCUCUUCACCUGAAGUAGAAGGUGUAUCAGGAAAGUACUUCGGGGAUUGUAAAGAGGAAGAACUAUUGCCCAAAGCUAUGGAUGAGUCUCUUGCAAGAAAACUCUGGGAUAUCAGUGAAGUAAUGGUUGGCAUAUUAAAAUAGAAACAGACUGAAAGAGAGCUAUUUAUAAAACUGGAUAUCAGUUAUAUCUGUGAUCAGGAAUGGUGUGGCUUGAGCACUUCCCACUUGAAAACAAUUUUGGUUUUACAGUACUACUGCUUAGAGGUAACAUGGAUAUUUUCAAGGUACUAAAAUGUUAUAUUUUGGACAACAUAAAACUUGAAAAAAAAUGUUUUAAAUAUAUAAAGCAUAAUGAAUACUGAAAUAAGUAUAAUGAACAAUACAAUUAUAUUUUAAAAAUUACAAUUGAAUAAGCAUGGAUUACAAAUAUUAAAGAAUUCAGUGACUUAAAAUAGCCGAGAAGUUUUUCAAGUAUCUUUUGAGUUUCAUGGCCAAAGUGUUAAAUAUUAUUACAAUGCUAGGUUUUGUGUGGAAAUGAUAUGCCUGGUGUGUGCACAAUUCUUACUUGGAAUAAAUUUACUGG